AUGCACAACAAAAGCUACAAGUUCAGCUUCUUGGUCUGUUGGUGUUGCCUGUUAUCCAUCUCUAUUGUGAUUAUGGUUGCAAUGAUUGCAAAGGAGAGCAAGCAGAAAGCACAAAUGGAAGAAACUGGAGGUAGUGCGCAUUCUGAACGUCACACAGAUUCUAGACCGAGCUCAGUUAAUCACAUUCAUCUGGUCUGGGAUGAAGACCAGUCAUGGAAACCCAGUUCUACAUGUUUCUGCGAGAACACCUCCCUCAUCCUGAACAACGGCUCGGUCAAUAUUACAAUCGGAGGAUUUUACCACGCCUAUGCCCAGGUCACCCUCGUAAACUUAGUAAACAAUAGACAUGGGACAGUGACUUUGGUUGCAAAUGAGGAUGGAAAGAGAGCCCGUAAACUGAGUGAGGCUGAUUAUGGAAACGGCUCUGUGUCUAUGUCAGGGGUGAUUCUUUUAAGAAGUGGUUACAAAGUGAGACUGAACAUCGAGUCUCAGAUAAGAAGGGAUCCAUCAAAAACAUAUUGGGGCCUCUACCUGCUUAAUAAGCUAAAGGACGAAUAA